UGAGUAAUGAUUGCUAGAGUUGAUCGUUCUGAUUACACACUGGAUCACUUAUUUUUCUUCCGAAGAGCAAUUCCAAAAGAAUUAGGUGUUUCUGAAAUGAAGUUUUAUUUCUCUGUUGUUACUCCUGGCUCUCUUCAAUUUAAACAUCUCAUUCCUGAGUAUCUUUACUCUUUAUUAUUUCCUCUAACUACAAAGCUACAGCAACAGUUAGCUAGUAUUGGUAUCACUGAACUAACAUGUGGUGAAGAUAAAUAUGAUCUAAGAGAGUUCUCAAUAGAAGAGGUUAAGUACUCAUCCACUGAUAUUGAUAUAUGUGAUCCAUUAUUGUAUGAGAAUACCAGUACACCAUUACAUGAAGCAGCUUGGAGAGGAUUGAAAGAUGAAGUACAAUGGCUUCUUAACAAGUUUGAUUACAGCAAAUAUCAUCGUGGUCUUCAUGGUUGGACUCCAUUACACUCUGCAUCAUAUGGUGGACACAUUGAGAUCCUUCAACUACUCAUCCAUCAAUACGGUAUUGAUCCUAAUGAAGGUGAUGAUAAUAGUGUAUCUAGUAUACUUAUGGCAUCUUAUAAAGGCCACUUAUCUAUAAUAAAAUAUCUAGUAGACACGUGUGGCGUUCCUCCUGAUCAACCAGACAAUAGCAAUAACACUGCAUUACUGUACUCAGCAUUGGGGGGCCAUUGUGACCUAGUGGAAUUCUUUAUUGAGAGAAAUUGUAAUACUUCUCAGAUUAAUUGUGAAGGUGCUUCUUUAUCAUUGUUAGCUUGUAAAAGUGGAGAGUUAGCAUUAGUCCACAAGCUUGAAUCAUUAAACCUCUUCUCACCAGAUGACCUAACAAUGUCAGGGGCUGGUGUACUACAUUAUACUUGCUCUUCUAUGAAUAAUAAAAGUGUUGUGCUUUUCCCAUAUCUUUUGAAUCGAUAUAAAUUAUCCAUUGAUGUAAAGGAUCAGUAUGCUAGGACUCCACUUCAUAUUGCUUCAUGGUAUGGUUCAUCAUCAGUUGUUGAGUAUAUUGUUAGUAUUCAAGGUAAUGAAGCAUUAUUAGUUAGUGAUAAUGAUGGUAGGUCAUGUUUACAUUAUGCAUGUAAGGCAGGCAUGCAUAUUCCAGCUGGUAUUGUGUAUAGUAAGCUUAUGGCACAAAGUGAUGCAUCAGUUAUUGAGAUUAUUAAUAGAACACAAGUAGUACAAAAUAUAGAUUUUAUCAAACGAAAUGAAAGAAUUAAAAUGUUUUCUUCAGUUCUCAAGAAAACUAGCACUUGCCCUAACUUUGACAUCAAUGCCACUACAAAUGAUGGUCAGUCAUUACUUCAUUUAGCAUCAUGGAGUGGCAGUACAAUACUAGUGAAAGCAUUAGAAGAAUAUAAUAUCAAUUGUACAUUAGAUAAUGAUGGUAGGUCUCCAGUACAUUAUGCUGCCUUGUCAGGUUCUACUAGUGUAUUAAGUUAUAUUAUAUCUAAAUAUAAUCUCAAUGCUAAUGAUGCAAAUACUUAUGGUUGUACGCCAUUAGUCUACUCCUCUGUGUCAGGUAGUAUUAAUUCUGUUAAAUGUCUUAUUAAUAAUCAUAACAGUGAUCCUAAUAUCACUGAUAAUGAUGGUAUGAUGUGUCUUCAUUGUUCUUGCUGUAAUGGUCAUAUUAAUAUGGCUCAAUAUCUCAUUGAGGAACAGCAUUGUGAUAUAAAUAAAACAGAUGAUUAUGGACGAAUAUUAGUACAUCAUGCUGCAUGGAGUGGUAACUUUCAUUUAGUUCACUAUCUUAUUAUUGAACAAGGUUUAUCUCCUACUGCAGUUACUAAGAAUGGCCUAACUGCUUUACAUUAUGCCUCACUGUCUCUUAACUUAUCUCUUGUUAAAGAAUUAAUAACUACCUAUCAGUUAGAUCCUCAUCAAGCUGACAGAAAUAGCACCCUACCAAUUCAUUGUGUUGCUGAAUCUGGUAAUAUUUUACUGCUGGAAUUAUAUGUGAAGGAUUACAAGUGUAGUCUGAGCCUAACAGAAAACAAAGGUUGGAAUGUUAUUCAUUAUUCAUCAUUAGAAGGUCACACUCACUUUAUCAAGCAUAUCACCAGUCAGUAUCCUCAAUACAUUAGUUUACUACACUCUACUGACAAUGAAGGUCAAAUACCAUUACAUUGUGCCUGUGAGAGUGGUAAUAUUCAAUUGGUCAAAUUUCUAAUAAAUAAUAUGAAAUGUGAUGUCAAUGCUAAGGAUACACGUGAUCAAACGUGUGUCACAUUUGCCUGUUUCUUGGGUAAUCUUGAUCUAGUACAAUUACUAAUACAACAGUAUAAGCUUGAGCCUUUAGCUACUGAUAAAUUUGGCUUCACAGCAUUACAUGCAGCAGCAAUGACUGGUCAUACUCAUAUACUGGAAUGGUACAGUCAGGAGUAUAGUCUGGAUAUUACUAAUCACACUAGCAAUUACAGGUACACACUAGCUCAUUCAGCUGCUUAUAAAGGUAAGCUACAUUGUCUACAGGAACUGAUCAACAAGCAUCAGUGUGAUGUUAAUGCCACUACUACUGUUACUGGUAGUACAGCCCUUCAUUUGGCAUGUGAAGCAGGCCGCGUUUCUGUUGUACUUUAUCUCACUAGUCUUCCUCAGUGUAAUGUAGCAGCUAAGACUUCUAAUGGAUCAACAGUUCUUCACAUUAUUUGUGAGUACAGUGACUCUCUUCCUAUACUCAAACAUCUGGUAGAAAAUCAUCAGUUAGAUCUGUGUGCUGUGAAUGAUGAGGGAAUGGCUCCUAUUCACUUAGCAUGUAGUAAUGGAAGAUUGAACUUAAUCCAGUACAUUAUAGAACACGUACCAUCAUCACUUGAACUACCUGUCAGAGGACAUGGUCAUACUCCAUUCCUUUUUGCAGUGUACUUCAAUCAGUUAGAAGUUAUUAAAUAUCUUAUCAGUAAGAAGUGUAAUCUAUCAGCUGUUGAUGAUGAAGGGUUUGGAGCAGUUCACAUAUCAAUAGAGAGGGGUCACUUGAAUGUAUUGAAGUAUCUCAUUGAUAACAACUAUUGCAGCUGAUCAAUCAUGAAGACCGUACACUACUACAUGUUGCCAUAGCAAAUGAACAGUUUGAAAUAUUAGAAUAUUUAUUAGAAAAUAAACCAAAUUUGCUUUGUAACACACAAGAUAAAGAUGGUCACACACUAUUACACUUUGCUUGUAUGAGAGGACAACAGAAGAUGGUAUCACUUCUAUCUAGCUCUACCAAUAUCAAUAUAUUAAUUCCUAACA